UUUACGUAUAUCGAAUCACGUGAUCAAAGAUUUACAUUUUAGAUGCAUCUGAUGUGGAUAUUCAAACGCAGCAAUAAUAAGCAAAUAAGAAAUCGAAUAUUUUUUUCUACACCCUCUAAUAAGAGUACGCCACUGGCAGACCGGAAACACUUGUCGCCAUAUUCAUUCAUAAUCUAUAUCACUGUCAAAAUUAGGAACAAUCGCGAUUCCAAGGUUGUUUAAAUUGCUGAAAAAACAAAUAGUAAAGGAUAACUAUUUGAAAGUUGACAAGUUAAUAAUUUCAAUAAAAGAAGAGGAAGAUAACCAAAAAAACAAUGAUAAAAAAAAUUAAGAAAUGAGCCAAAUAACAACAAUUCAGGUAUUAAAACUUUACAAAGAACUAUUACGUUAUGGAAAGCAAUUAAAAUUGACUGAUAAAAAUUUCUUUCGUCGUCGCAUAAAGCAAGAAUUUAAAAACAAUAAAGGACUUGAAAUUGAAACGGAAAUUGAUCAUAUCUACAAGAAGGGUGUAACAUUGUUGUUAAACAGACUGGUACACACAUUAGACUACUCGAAAAUACCUGUUCUCUUAGAUAAAGAUUUGGAAGAAAUGCAUGUUCAAGGUAGUGGUCCUGGGGGCUCAAAAAUUAAUAAAACAGCCAGUUGUGUCGUUUUGAAACAUAUUCCCUCAGGUAUCGUAGUUAAAUGUCAAGAAACAAGAUUUUUGGAAAAGAAUCGAAAAAUAGCAAGAGAAAUUCUACAAAAAAAAUUAGAUAAUUUUGUUAAUAAAGAAGAGAGUUUAGAGGCCCAACUUGAAGCAAAAAAUGAAAAAAAAAAGUGUAUCUAGAGAACAAAAAAGACAAAAAGUUCAAGUGUUGAAAGAAGCAUGGAAGAAACGUGAAUUUGAUAGUAAUCAGUUGUAAAAAAAAUUGUUAAUAAAUUUAAUAAUCAUUGUUAAA